CUUUUUGUUGGCUUCACCCCCGGCCCGGAAAUACUUUGUUGGGAAGAUGGCGGCUGUGUCGGUCUAUGAGCACCCGGUUGGAGGUUUCUCGUUUGAUAACUGCCGCAGGAAUGCCGUCUUGGAAGCCGAUUUUGCAAAGAAGGGGUUCAAGCUUCCUAAAGCCCGGAAAACUGGCACUACCAUUGCGGGGUUGGUCUAUAAGGAUGGCAUAGUUCUUGGAGCAGAUACACGAGCAACUGAAGGGAUGGUUGUUGCUGACAAGAACUGUUCAAAAAUUCACUUCAUAGCGCCUAAUAUUUACUGUUGCGGUGCUGGGACAGCUGCAGACACAGACAUGACAACGCAGCUCAUUUCUUCCAACUUGGAGCUCCACUCCCUCACCACUGGGCGCCUUCCCAGAGUUGUGACGGCCAAUCGGAUGCUGAAGCAGAUGCUUUUCAGGUAUCAAGGUUACAUUGGUGCGGCCCUAGUUUUAGGGGGAAUAGAUGUUACCGGACCUCACCUCUACAGCAUCUAUCCUCAUGGAUCAACUGAUAAGUUGCCUUACGUCACCAUGGGGUCUGGCUCCUUGGCAGCAAUGGCUGUUUUUGAAGAUAAAUUUAGACCAGAUAUGGAGGAGGAGGAGGCCAAGAAGCUGGUGAGUGAGGCCAUUUCAGCUGGCAUCUUCAAUGACUUGGGGUCUGGGAGCAACAUUGACCUGUGUGUCAUCAGCAAGAACAAGCUGGACUUUCUUCGCCCCUUCUCAGUGCCCAACAAGAAGGGGACCAGGUUUGGUCGCUACAGAUGUGAGAAGGGGACCACUGCAGUCCUGUCUGAAAAAGUCACUACUUUGGAGAUUGAGGUGCUGGAGGAGACUGUCCAAACGAUGGACACUUCCUGAAGUGUCAGUGGGUGCUGGGUGCUGAGUGCCGGGUGCUGCCCUGGAAGACUGGGGGCAGUGGAGCUCCAUAGAAGAUACUCAUUUGGCUGUUUGCAGAACAGAGCUCAAUAAAAAUGAAAACCACAGUGCGGA